AUGGCGAAGUCAUCAUCAGUGGUUUUAAGUUUUCAUGAAAUAUUGCUACAUCAAUCUGAUGUUGAACUACUUAAUGGACCCUUUUGGUUAAAUGACAAUAUUAUUUCAUUUUACUUUGAAUAUCUUGAAAAAGUUAUGUUUGCCAACAAUAAAGACCUUUUAUUUGUGUCGCCAGAGGUAACACAAUGCAUAAAAAUGGUUCAAGCCAGUGAUAUAAAACUUUUUCUGGAGCCUCUAGGUGUAGAUAAAAAAAAGUUUGUUUUCUUUGCUCUUAAUGAUAAUAAUUCACCGGACAUGGCAGGAGGUUCUCAUUGGAGCCUGCUUGUGUAUUCUAAGAGUGAUAGUUGCUUUUUUCAUGUUGACUCAUUAUCUGGAAGCAAUCAUAAUGUUGCAUGGGAUUUCUCCAGUCACCUUAUGUCAUAUUUGUCUAAAGGAGGUUCUAUUAACUUUGUGGAUAAAGAAUGUGUACAGCAGAGCAAUGGAUAUGAUUGUGGUGUCCAUGUUAUAUGCAACACUGAAAGACUCGCCCAGUAUUCUCAAACUCAUGCCGAGCUGAACUCAUGUAAUAUGUUAAUUAAAAUCGAUCCCACUGUGAAAAGAAAAGAAAUUCAGCAUAUAAUACAAAAUUUGUCUAAAAAGUUGUAA